CGAGCACCAAGGAUACCAAGGAAACCAACUCAGGGAAAACAGCUGGACAAGAUGACUAAAGCUAUGGGAAGGAGAUUGCCCAUAGUUGUUGAUGAAGGCAACACAAGGCCACAUGAACCUGUUCAAGCUGCCAAGUUUGCGUCUGAGGCUGGCGUCAUCGUUCGGGAAAGCAUGCCUGUCCUAACUCAUUGGAAAGAAUACAAGAAAACUGACAAAUACUACAAUGACUUUGUGGGACAGCUUUGUGGGCGCUUGGCCAUCAACAAAGAAGACAAGCCAACAGAGGAAGCUUGCACCGAUAUGUUGCGCUCUGCUGUAAAAAAUCAGCGUUAUCGUCUCAAGCAGAAAUACUUCAAUGGUAUACCUGCAAAUGAGGUUAGGACAACUUCUCCUGUUGAAUACAUGACCGAUGCGGAGUGGAGGGCACUAGUUGCAAAGUGGUCUGAUCCAAAGAACAUGGAAACAUGUGAAAAGAACAAGCGAAACCGUAGUAAAGUCAAGUAUCAUCAAGCUACGGGUUCUCGCUGCUAUGUGGCACACUUACAUGCAUAUAAGCAAAAGAGAAACAGAGAAGAACCCAGUGCAGAUCUGACUGAAGAACUAGAUGCCGUGGAAGCCUUCCAGACCUGCCAUACCAGCUCAAAAAAAGGCCUGACUGAACCGGCAAGGGAAGCACUUCUCCGUAUGGAAGCUCUGAGGUCUGAACCAGUUGCUGAAGGUGUGGCGCCAGCAUCCAGUGUGGAGGUCGUGUCCAAGGUGCUAUCCCAUAAUAGCUCACACCAGUUCCUGAAGAGUGUUGGCAUAAAAACUCCGGCAUCUUCCAAGUCAUCUUCAUCAAAUGAAAGCGAGCUUCGGGAACAACUCGCAGCUGAAGCGGCGGCUGCUGUUCAAGGAGAACUUGACGAGCUCAAGAAGAAAAGCCAAGAAGCUGAGGAAAAGCUGGCGAGGACACAGAUCGAGCUGGAGGAGUACAAGAAGCUAACAGAGAGGAACACCAAGGAGAUGGAGGAGACCAAUCUAAUCCUGAAGAAGCUAUUGUCCUUGCAUUCUAACGCUUCUUCGAUAUGAGGGCUGUUGGUCAGUGCUGUUGUGUUUGGCCUGUUCAUUUUGGGUACUCAGUAACAAAAGUUGCACGUGGAUGACAACCUUUUAUUAUAUGCUGUUAUGUUUGUGCAAACAGAACUAUAGUGUGAUGUCGAUUAAGUGUCUGGUGAACUAAGUUCUUUCCACUUUUUAGUAGUGUGAUGCAAACAAAUGUUGUGAACUAAGUUCUGUGUUAUCCAGUUAGUUAA